GGAGCAGAUCGAUCUCACGGCGGAGAUUUGCGCAGCGCAAUUGUUGUACGGCGAACGGCGGAGAGCGGGCCGGGGCGGAGUCGCCUCACGGCGAAGAGCGGGCCGGGGCGGAGUCGCCUCACGGCGAAGAGCGGGCCGGGGCGGAGUCGCCUCACGGCGAAGAGCGGGCCGGGGCGGAGUCGCCUCACGGCGAAGAGCGGGCCGGGGCGGAGUCGCCUCACGGCGAGCGGCGUAACAGCGAUCUCCAGGUUACGCGGCGGAGACGGACCCGCCUCCACGGGCGGAAGUCGAGCGGCUGCGAAGAUGGCGGCUCCCGUGAGACAAUAUGGGCUUAUUCUCCCGAAGGCAAAGCAGAACACUUUAGCAUUGUCAAAACAUUCUAUUUUCAAUGACUCAGAUGAUGAGAUGUCAGUAAGUGAGAACCUUCAGAAGGAGUCACUGAAGAAAAGAAUGAUGAAGCAGACGAAAUUGGAAAUCCAAAAAGCACUGGCAGAAGAUGCCACAGUCUACGAGUAUGACAGUGUUUAUGAUGAUCUUCAACAGAAGAAACUGGAAAGCAACACAAAAUUACUAUCUGGUUCAAAUAAACAGUCCAAGUAUAUUGAGAGCCUGCUGAAAGCUGUAGGUGAACGCAAGAAGGAGCAAGACAGAAGGAUGGAGCGAAAAAUCCAAAAGGAACGAGAGGCUGAAGGGGAGAAGUAUGUGGACAAAGAUGCAUUUGUCACUUCUGCUUAUAAAAAGAAACUCCUGGAAAGAGCUGAAGAGAAGGAGCAAGAACGCAGAGAAGCAGAGCUGGAGGCUUCUUUGGAUGUAACUAAACAGAAAGACCUUAGUGGUUUUUACCGGCAUUUUUUGAAUCAAAAAGUGGGUGAAGAGGUUAUUCCAGAAUGCAGCAUUCGUGGAACCAAAGGGGUGAAAAAAGAACCUGAUGAUAAUGACUAUAAAAAUUCCGGUGGUUUAGUAAAGGAUAAACCUAACCAAGAUCUAGAUGCUGACAGUGACUUUGAAAUUGACAGUGGUGAUGAAACUAAAGCUAAACAUGGGCAAAAGCAGUUGUUUUCCAAAACGAGAAAUGAUGAAGACAACUCGGACACUAACGAAGAGAAAGCAAGGAGCCGUCAAUACAGAAGACAUGUGGAAUCUUCCAGUGAGGAAGAGCAAAGUCAUCACCAAUAUGUGAGCCAUUCGACCAGAGAGGGUAAAAGUGAGAAAGCCAAGAGCCACUCAAAGACUUAUCGAGAUGCAGAGAAAAGUAGCAGAAGUGGGGAAAAAUCAAACCAUAAGGAGCACAGACGUGCAAAAGAAAAGCACAGAGAAAGAGAUCAUUCGAGAAAAGAAAAAGAACGAGAAAGAUAUAGGGAGAGCAAAGAUCAGAAAAGAAUCAAGGAAGAGAAAUCUAAAGACCACAGCAGUGGAAGGGAUGAGAGACAACGAGAUCAUGGAGAAAGACAUAAAGAUAGAGAUGAACAAGUGAGAGAUGAAAAAUUCAAAGAACGAGAGCGAAACAAAAUGGAAAAAUAUACAACUAAAGAUGGUAGAAGAAGGGAAGAAAAGUAUAGGAAUCAAGAGCGAGAAGAAAGAAACUGGGAAAAAGAGAUUCAGGAAAAAGGAACAGAAACCUAUGAAAGAGCUGAUAAGAAAUAUGGAAGCAGUGAUACUAAGGAAGAUAGUUCUGGUAAUACUUCAGAAAAAGAAAAAUCCAGAAAACAUGAUAGCAAGAGAUCCAGAUCAGAAGAGAAGGAUGAACAACGAAAUGUAGAAUCCAAAAAUAAAGAUGAUGAGGACAAAAAUUUGAAUUUGUUGUAUGAACAAAGAUCAAAAGAUGACUCAGGAAAGGAAACAAAUGGGACUGUACACUCCCAAAAGCUCAGUAAAUUUGUCAAACGCAGCAAUCAAGAGACUAUCACAUCUGCAAAAGAGCGAUAUCUUGCAAGGCAGAUGAACAGGGCCUCAACAAAGUCAUACAUUGAGCCAGAGGAAAAUGACUAAUUUUAUUGGAACUGGUUUCUACAAAAAAUUCAGUUUAAAUAUAUAAGCACAUAAUGAUUUGAAGAUUUUUGUGGUCUUGUAUGAAAUAUAAUAACUAUUAAAAACAAUCCAUCUCUAAAGAUUAGCAAGCUAAGACUUUUGUGAAAUGAUGUGACAUAUCACUUUUGAACCAACACUCUUAAGCGUGAAGAUAUUUGCGCAUCGGUGCAAUAGGCAUUUAUGGCAAACUAUUCAG